AUGUGAUGUGAUCAUCACUGCUGAGGCAGCACAAGCAACCGCAAGUUUAGACAACAGAAACAAACUCGACGCAUUCCUCCUUCCUUCCACAUCUACCUCGAAGGCAUCGACAUCAUAUCACCUUGUAUAGGAAUCAUUGCCAUCUUCCCCGUUUCUGAUAGCACCUACCUUGCUUCGACUUUCGGCCAAGAUGAACAUCCUCUACUCAACAGUCAACAGCCUCCGCGAUAAGUACGCACCCGUGUCACACACCUCCACCUUCCGCAAGACCGGGGAGAUAACGCCGGAAGAGUUCGUGGCGGCCGGCGACUACCUCGUCUUCAAGUUCCCGACCUGGUCCUGGGCCGACGCUGACCCUGCGAGCAAGCGAGUGACCUACCUACCGCCGGGGAAGCAGUUCCUCGUGACCCGCGACGUCCCUUGCCACCGGAGGGUCAACGACGACUUUGCCGGGGAUGCCGGGCACGAGGAGGCGGUCGUGGAGGGCGGAAAGGGCGGGGACGAGGACGGCUGGCUGAGGACAGGCGGCUUGGCCAGCUCGCAGGCGCUCAAGGCGAAGGAGAUCCGCACCGUCGACGAUGCGGGGAAUGUUGGCGAGAGGGAAGUCGUGGAAGACGACGAGAUCCCGGACAUGGAGGACGAGGAUGAUGACGAGGCCAUCAUCAGGGACGCCGAGGGAGAUGCGAGGGCAAGUGGAAGGAGAACAUACACACUCUAUAUCAUGUACUCGCCGUAUUACCGGACUCCCCGGCUGUACAUGUCCGGGUACCUGCCCAACAACCAGCCCCUCCCCCCGCACCUCAUGAUGGAAGACAUCGUCGGCGACUACAAGGACAAGACGGUCACGCUGGAGGACUUCCCCUUCUUCGCCAACAACAUCAAGAUGGCCAGCGUGCACCCGUGCAAGCACGCACCGGUCAUGAAGACGCUGCUGGACCGGGCCGACGCGGCGCUGAAGGUGCGGAGGGAGAAGCUCAAGGCCGGGCUCGCUGCGGGCAGCGACCAGGGCAUGGAGGGCCUCGUGGACGAGAUCAAGAACCUGGACAUCUCGGGCGCGGACGUUAAUGCCGAUAAGGGAAGCAAUGAUGAGUGGGAGGAGGUCCAGCAUGAGCCCGACGACCAGGAAGUCGCCAUCCGCGUGGACCAGUAUUUGGUUGUUUUCUUAAAGUUCAUCGCGAGUGUCACCCCGGGUAUCGAACAUGACUUCACGAUGGCUGUGUGAGGGUGACGAGAGGAGGAGUGGAAUUUACCAGGCCAGAUAUGCGGUAGGGCUGUUUUCUGUAAGCACAUAAUUAGAUAUGGUCCGGGGAUGACGGGGUGGGUAUUGGCGUAUAAGGCAGAUUUAUCUUACAGAAUGCGUAAACAAAGACCAUAGCACUUAUUCAGUGGCCGAAGACAAAAAAUAACUCUUUGUGAUUUGUUAUCACAAACCUUCAU